GUGAACAGAAAAAAAAAAAAAAAAAAAAAAAAAAAGCAAGAGAAAAUCAAUAUGUAACGUACUGUAGAUCGGUACGCAUGGAAAGGCCGCCACCGCCGGCAGCCCAGGUUUGGGCUGGUAUGGAUAUGGUUUAUGGGUAUGGUCGAUGGAGCAUCAGGAGAAGCUGUGGAGUCCCAGCAGGUUGCUCCUUGUGGUUCAUUUAUGCACCAAGUGAUUGCGGUAACCGCUAAAAGAGUACCUUGGCUGCAACCCCCUUGUCUUCUCAAAGAUGGACCACUUGGGGGCUCGGGCUCAGGCUUGCAGGCUUGCAGGCUUGGGGUUGGGCUUCUGGCUUGGGAAGGCUUGGUUUAGGUACCUUACGUAUGUCAGCAAGCAGUCGAGCAGCAGCGAACAGAGACAGAAAACGGAACGAACCGCAUGAACCUACC